AAAGCUGUGCUGCCUUCCUGGAGAACCAGCCCCUCCGAUGUCCCCCCCGCCUUCCUGACACUGUGCUGGCUGAUUUUACAUGGCUUUUUCGAAAACGGUUGGGCUGUCUUCAGGAAUAGCGUUAUCAAUGGGAGGCCGUGCUUCCUGCAGACCCGACCCCCAGCAUCGGGGCCCUGCGGCUCAUUCCGAGAACGAUCUUCCUGAGCAGGAGGAGGAAAUCCUGGGAUCAGAUGACGACGAACAAGAGGAUCCAAAUGAUUACUGCAAAGGUGGUUAUCACCUUGUGAAGAUCGGAGAUCUAUUUAAUGGACGAUACCACGUGAUUCGGAAGCUCGGAUGGGGCCACUUCUCCACUGUGUGGCUCGCAUGGGACAUCCAAGGGAGGAGAUUUGUGGCAAUGAAGGUGGUGAAGAGUGCAGAGCACUACACAGAAACAGCACUGGAUGAGAUCAAGUUGCUAAAAUCGGUCCGCAACAGUGAUCCAAAUGAUCCAAGCAAAGAGAGAGUUGUUCAGUUAUUAGAUGACUUCAAGAUUUCAGGAGUGAAUGGUUCCCAUAUCUGUAUGGUGUUUGAAGUUCUGGGGCAUCAUCUCCUCAAGUGGAUCAUCAAGUCAAAUUAUCAGGGGCUUCCACUCCCUUGCGUCAAAAAGAUCAUCAAGCAGGUUCUUCAGGGUCUGGAUUACUUGCACACGAAAUGUCGAAUCAUUCAUACAGAUAUCAAACCUGAAAACAUUCUCCUGUGCGUUAACGACCAAUAUAUCCGCAGGCUGGCUGCAGAAGCCACAGAGUGGCAGAGAUCGGGGGCUCCCCCACCAUCUGGCUCUGCAGUGAGCACUGCGCCGCAACCAAAACCAGCUGACAAAAUGUCAAAGAAUAAGAAAAAGAAGUUGAAAAAGAAGCAGAAACGACAGGCUGAGUUGUUAGAGAAGCGAAUGCAAGAGAUAGAGGAAAUGGAGAAGGAAGCAAGCCCUGGGCAGAAUCAGCCUGAAGAAGAGGAAGAACCUCAGAGCCCCCUGGAAAUGCUCAUAAAAGUUAGUCCACCAGAGGAAAAUGUCAGCAAAAAGCCAGCUGAAGCUGUUGUACAAGAGCAAUCAAUUCUAAUGGAAAGCAAUGUGGAAAAAUGUGUAACAGAAAUAAAUUGCAAUGGAGUGAUACAAAUGACGGACUUCCCAGACUCCGGCAACCAAGGGUCUGUGCAACUUGAGGAUGACCUUCAUAAUGCCAAUGACUGUGGUGAUCAUCCUCACUCGAAGGAGAACUUCCAUAGUUGUAAUUACAGUCAGCGUAAUGGCGACUCAGAGAACAGGCCCCAAGAAGGAAUGUCGGUCUCGUUCGCGCCCUUGGUUUCAGAGGAUUCCAUGGUGUGUCAGCCCACGUCCAACGAGGAUCGCUCGUUCAAUGAGCAGAUCAACCACUUGCAAGAAAGCAUCCGGACAGAGCUACCUUCAGAGGACGAGAAUGAGAAUAACGGCCCCUCAGACAACAAAGGAAAAUCGACUGCUGGGAAUUUCCUUCUUAAUCCUCUUGAGCCCAAGAAUGCAGAUAAGCUCAAAGUGAAGAUAGCUGACCUGGGGAAUGCCUGCUGGGUGCACAAGCACUUCACUGAAGACAUCCAGACGAGACAGUAUCGAUCCCUGGAGGUGUUGAUCGGGUCAGGGUACAACACCCCUGCUGACAUCUGGAGCACGGCGUGUAUGGCCUUUGAGUUAGCAACAGGAGACUAUCUCUUCGAGCCGCAUUCUGGGGAAGAUUACUCACGGGAUGAAGAUCACAUUGCAUUGAUCAUAGAACUUCUGGGCAAAAUACCUCGCAAGCUCAUUUUGGCUGGAAAAUAUUCCAAGGAGUUUUUCACCAAAAAAGGUGACCUGAAGCACAUCACCAAACUGAAGCCCUGGGGCCUUUUUGAAGUCUUGGUGGAAAAAUACCAGUGGUCCCAAGAGGAGGCAGCUGCAUUCACAGACUUCUUAUUACCCAUGCUGGAGCUGAUCCCGGAGAAACGAGCGACGGCCGCCGAGUGUCUCAGGCACCCCUGGCUUAACUCCUAGAGGCUUCAGCCCAACGCCACAGCACUACACUCUGGUUUACAGCAUCACAUACGCGCACCCAGCUGCCCCUUCCUGGUUUUGUUUGGUUUUUUUUCCCUUGUUCAUUUUCCAAUGUGACAUUCUUCCUUCGAGGCUCCCAAGAAUUUUAGAUAAAUCUAACCUGUUCUGCUGAGUUUCUUGUGUGACUCGAUGGGGACUCUCCUCAGCUGGUGGGGUGUCAUCCGUGUUUUGCCUUGAUUGGGCUUUGCCAAAGACUAAUUGCCUAAAAUAGGAAGUUUUUCCCCGAGUCUCCUCACUGUUUUGCGCCAUGUGUUACAGAUGUGAGCUCACCCCUGCUCAGAUCUGCUCCCGUAGCUAAACCUCAGCUCUCCUUUCUUCCUGAGGGAGGAUGUGAAGAUCCAAACACCUCCUCAUCUCACUGACUCAGGAGCCGAUUUCCCGCUGUUGAUCCAGUAGCAAGCAAAGGGGUGAGAAGUAACGGGUGGCACUGAGGUGCUGGUAGUUCCUUGUAGAGCAAAGACCUUGAAAUCCUCUGUUUUCUGGGUGUCUGCUGUAUUCUUUGCGUUCCAGUCACGUAACUUUUCUUUAGUUCUAGCUGCUUAAAUCUUUUGAAAAGAGCUAUUUAAACCUAGGGCUUUAGUAUCCUUGAUUUCUUCCUCUGAAGUGCCCUGCUCCCUUUACUUUUUCCUUCCUUGUGCCCAGAUAGUCGGAAUAGUUUCAGAACUUGGUGAUGUUUUUUCUACUUUCAUGCCUGUGACUAAAAGGCGACAAGUGAAAUAAGCUGGAACUGACUCAACGCACAACCUUCGGCACACAGAUGGCUGCGCCCUUUGGCGGCACAGGAAGCCUUGUUGUAGGCAACUCUGCUAAUAUUUUAGUGAGCUGUAAGGUUUUUUGGGGUGUGUUGUGGGUUUUUUUGUUGUUUUUUUUCUUUUUUUAUCCCUUAUAGGCACUUUUUUGCCUUGUGUCUGUGAGAGAUUGGCUUUCACUGCUGCGGUCCGCUCUGCCUCUUGAGUUUUGACCAUUUGCUGCUUCCCAAGCGUCUGGGUUGCAGCCACGCUAUCGCCCUUGGCUUUGAAAAUCAACACUUUGAAGGCCCAAUGUAAAGAUUUCUUUUCCUUUUCCACUUGCUUCAGGUGCUGGCCUUCAGAAAUGACUCCCCAGGAUGGGACUGCCUUUUAUUUUCUGGGCCGUUAGCACAAGGCAAGCUAGCAGAAGUGGAAGAGAACUGACUUUUUCCAUGUAGAUACUGGAUUAGAAGCUGUUUCUAGAGUUUACCCCCAGUAAAAAUGUUCGGGGGCGGGGGGGGUUCUAUGUGAACUUCUCAGAGGAGGUUGGAUAUGAAUAAAUAGGUUAAUUUUAAUUAAAAGUUAAAGCACUGUGGCAUUUGAUAGUUUUAUGAUGGCUUCUUCUAGACUUGCCCAUCCUGUUACAGAUUUGAGUGUAUCCUACUCUGCUCUAAAGUGAGAUUUGGCAGUGUUGGGGCUCCAAAGGCACUCCCUUCCCCUGGACCAAACCAGCCUUUGGAUUGCUGGUGGCUCUCAGUGGUAGAAGCUGCUGCAGGAACAUGCUGGAGGCCACCCAGAUGCUCUUGGAGACAAUUGUGUUGCCAAAGCUGCCAAGACCACUGUUACGUGUCACUUUUCUGUGUGUGUUUGGAAAUCCUGGUUCGAAAGGAGGGUUCAUUCAUAAACUUUAGUGUCAUUUAACCCACUCGAAAGAAAGUUUCUUGGGUCCAGUGCUGAUCAGGCUCAUUAAUGCAAAUCAUGCUGCAUGUUCUCGUAGGGGUAGAUCAGGUUCUCUAUGCAUAUAAUCUAAAAUUAAAGGAAGGUAACAUACCAAAAGAGUUUUAAACUGCUGAUUUGACCUUUUUGGGUUUCCCACCUCCUCCCCCUCCUUUCAUCUGGAAUUUUCCAGUUGUGUGUUACUUCCAUCCCUAUUACAGAAGUCCUGGAGACAGGACUGGGUUCCAAACUGUGAAGAUCCACAGGCAGGGCAAAGGAUUUCUUGUCUUGAGGGCUCACCCGGUCCUGUGCACUGGCUGAUUUAAAGAACUUUUCCUAGAAGGGGUCUGCUUUGACUCUGAGAGCCCUUUCCCGUCCUCCCCUUCCCUCUGCCCCCUGACUGGAGGAGGAGGGUUUUUACCCUGAGAGCCAAGACUGGAGCCAGUUUGUGAGUUGAAAACCUGCAGGAGCAGCUGUCGGGAUUCCGUCUUGUACCGUGUGCUCCUUCACUUGGGGUUUGUUAAGUUUCCAAACUGCCGUAAAGUGCUCACACUAAAGGAUUUGUACUUGCUGUGUCAGUCUAAAACCUGAAGGAAAAUACAUUUUUAUUCUUUCUACUUGGGUGCUUUGUCUUUUUUUUUUUUUUCUCCUUUGUGAAAGCUGUACAAUAAACAGAUUAUUUAAUAACUGA